AUAGUAUCUGAUGUUGUAAAGGUGAAGACAAAAAAACAAAAACAGAGCCCAGAUUUUUCCACCGAAUUCCAUGCACGUUUGCCGUUCAACUUCACAUACACCACCGCUCACCGCUCCUCGUUCCGGCAGCAUUGGUAGAUCUCGCCGCCGGACGCACGCUUCCCGGCGGUAUGCUGCUAUUUGUUCGGGGAGAUUGUUUCCAUGUCACGAGUGAGCUGUGAAAUAUAAACUACUCAGAUUGACAUGGACCCUCUUAAUAAUAGUACUGCUGAAAUCAUAGAUGGAGGAUCCAAUAUCCUUGGGGUCGAGAAAUGUCAAUUGUAUUUGCUUUUCCAUGACGAAACUGUGCUUAGUGAUGGCUUCCGGGGCUUCUUGUACUUUAUGGCUCUUGCCUACUGUUUUAUUGGAUUAUCAGCUAUAACAUCUCGUUUCUUCCAGUCUAUGGAAAAUGUUGUUAAGCAUACUCGAACUGUUGAAGAGAUAGAUCCUUGCACUAAUACCAAAACUGUUAGACAUGAAAAGGUUUGGAAUUACACCAUUGCUGAUAUCACCCUGCUGGCAUUCGGAACUAGUUUUCCGCAGAUUUCUUUGGCCACCAUAGACGCAAUAAGGAAUCUUGGAAGCUUGUAUGCUGGAGGUUUAGGUCCUGGAACACUUGUUGGUUCUGCUGCUUUUGAUUUGUUCCCGAUCCAUGCUGUCUGUGUUGUGGUUCCCAAAGCUGGAGAGCUAAAAAAGAUAUCAGACGUUGGAGUCUGGCUUGUAGAGCUCUUUUGGUCUUUUUGGGCUUACAUCUGGCUAUACAUAAUAUUGGAGGUGUGGACUCCAAAUAUCAUUACUCUCUUGGAAGCUUUACUGACAGUGCUGCAAUUUGGGCUGCUGCUAAUACAUGCCUAUGCACAAGAUAAGCGUUGGCCGUAUUUGUCUCUGCCGAUAGGAAGAACUGAGAGGCCAGAAGAAUGGGUACCGGUGGAAACUGCUCCAUACAAGGAUCGUGAUAAGUACUCUGAAAUCCCUGAAGAUGACCAUGAAAGCGGGAGGAUUGUUGACAUUUUCUCCGUCCAUUCUGAUCAUGUCUAUCAAAACUUGUCUGGUUCCGACUCUGGUGAACCCUCGGGCCAGUCUCACGAAGAUAUUCAUGUGAAAGAUAAUUUAAUCUCAAUCUGGAAGCAGCAAUUCGUUGAUGCAUUUGUGUUGGAGGGCCAAGAAUCAAGAAAACUGAAUAACACAUACCUAAGGGCAGCAAAAGUUUUAUGGGAGUUGCUCCUCGCACCAUGGAGAAUUUUGUUUGCCUUUGUACCACCUUGUCAGAUUGCUCACGGAUGGAUCUCUUUCAUUUCUUCUCUCAUUUUCAUAAGUGGGAUAGCUUAUGUUGUGACGAAGCUUACAGAUAUAAUAAGCUGUGUCACAGGUAUUAAUGCUUAUGUGAUAGCAUUUACAGCAUUGGCCGCGGGAACAUCGUGGCCGGAUUUAGUCGCAAGCAAGAUUGCAGCAGAGCGGCAGACGACAGCCGAUUCUGCCAUAGCUAAUAUUACUUGCAGCAAUUCGGUGAAUAUAUAUGUUGGCAUCGGUGUACCUUGGCUGAUCAACACAAUGUACAACUACUUUGCAUACAAUGAACCAUUGAGGAUAGAAAAUGCAGGUGGGCUCAGUUUCUCGUUGCUCGUGUUCUUUGCUACAUCUAUAGGUUGUAUUGGCGGUUUGGUAUUUAGGCGUCUUACAUUGGGAGCCGAGCUCGGAGGUCCCAAAAUUUGGGCUUGGAUUACUUGUGCUUAUUUCAUGUUCCUAUGGCUUAUUUUUGUUGUAUUGUCAUCUUUACGAGUUUCUGGCUUUAUUUGAGUUCAUUAUUUUUUCCUGCGUUUGGCUUGAUAUCCCUCAACGUAGUAUUUUUGUAAUAAAUGCAUUUUAUUAUUCUUUAUGCGAGUGUAAUCAUUCUCUGCAUUUUGUGAUAAUUUAAGAAAUUAUGUUUCAUUUCUUUGGA